AAUAUCAUUUCCAUCAUCAUUAUCGUUACUAAAAUUAACAACAAACGUAUAUUCGAUCCCUUUAGUCACUGGCGUUCCCGAGCGGGUGAGGGAAUUCCCCGCGCCUCUUCUGCCCAAGCCCCAGUUCCUUGAGCGAGACGUACAUAAUCCGCCCCCCGCUCCGCCAACCUCACAUUGACUGAGUAAACCAUUCGCCUAACAUGUUCUCCAGUGAUAAGGUCAAACUGAGGUGGUCCGAUCAUUCUUCCUUCUUCGCUAAGGGUCUGGCGCCGUUUUUGGAGGAGGAGGCCUUCCAUGACGUCUGCAUCGCCUGCUGUGACGGGACCACCCUCGGGGCCAAUCGCCUUGUCCUCUCCAUCUGCAGUCAGUUCUUCAGGCAGACUCUCACCCUGUGUAAAGAAAUGCGUCCCACGAUCUUGCUGCCUGAUACGAGUGCGGAGGACAUGAUGGCUUUGCUAGAAUUCAUGUACAGAGGAGAAGCUUACGUCACGGAGGAGCGCGUCCCAUACCUUCUGAUGGCGGCGAGGAAGUUACAGAUCAAUGGCCUCGGGGUUGCAUCUCCUCCUCAAACCAGCAUUCCAGUAGAACCCGAAAUGACACCUCAGCUAGUUGCCAGUGAUCUCACAGAUGGCGAAAGACAUUCGAUGUUGUCGACUCCAACCAGCACCCAGUUAUGUUCGACUCCUGGCCUUCCGUCUCCCCAGCAAACUCACUCACCGACGCCAGUUUCUACAAGAUCUAGAUCAGUAAAAUCGUCUAGCCAAGACAGGGUGGAAUGUGAGACGUGUCACAGGCUGAUAUUCUCCACCAGUAUGUACCAACACAAGCGUUAUCACCACGGCCCACUUCGGGACCCUGCGAGCUGCUGUGGACAGACGUUCAUCACUCGCUGGGAUCUGAACGUGCAUCGGAAGACCUCUCCAAAUCACAACGAAAUGUUGCCCGAGGCUAUCAGCAGUCCUGAAGAACCUCUGAUCAUGAAUGAAUCUGAAUCCUAAGUAGUGUUUGUAUGAAUAUAAGUUUGUUCCUGUAAGUAAACGUAAAUGUGAUAUGCUAGUUUCAUUGCUCAUUUACCUUUCAGUAUAUUCGGUUUUUGCACCGUUUUGUUUCAUACAACCAUUUUAAACCGAUACUACGAUUCUCCUUUGAAUUGAUAUAGUAGUUAUAUUCUCAUAUUCUGUAGGGAUUUUAACCAAUUUUAAUCCAGCAGGGUUCCAUGAAAUUUACUUUGGGAUUGUCGAUGCAAUUUAGACAUUUUGCAGCAGUUUUUUCAUCAUACCUGGCAUUAGUUAUACAACCUUAAGACCAAGCAAGUAGGAGUAGGACUGUGUAUAUUAGGCUCUCUGCACCAUAAAGUAAGUAUUUACAUAAGAGCAUUGCUUCUAAGUUUUCUUUCUUUAAAAGAUUAAAGAAUAGACGGUGAUGAAAUAUCUCUCAUGAUAGAAAAUUUAGUUAGAAAAAUAGGGGAAAAUGAAAUGUCACACAUGAUACAAAACUAUUUUCAUUUACAUGUAAAAAAUAACAUAAUUAUUUAGCAUUCUGCCAUGUCACUGAAAGAUGAUCCUUAAAUAAUUAUAUAUAUAUCACAGAUAAUUUGUUCCUGGGAUAGAAUUAGUUCAUCAAAUCAUUUUCCCUAAGUAAUGGAACACAUCAAUAUUUACAUUUGAACAGUAUGAAUAUGAUCUUAAUCGCAAAGGCAGAUCUGGUCAAGGUCUGGAGUUCCACACAAAGAAUGCAUGUAAAAAUUGAAAUGAUUACAAUUAUAAGAAUUUUGAAUUUCUAUACUAAUUACCCAGUCUUACAUAUUUGAUUCUGGAAAGUUUAUACAACUUAUAUCUUCAGUAAACUAAUAAUUAU